AUGAUUUCACGUUUGGGUUUAUUAAGAAAACCAAUCAGCCAAAAUUUAUAUAAAUCAAAUGUUUUAUUGAGUUCAAGAUUUAUUUCAUCCAUACAUCAAACUACUCAUGAUGAAGAACAAAACAUUUUAUUAAAUCAAAGAAAAAAUAGACCGGAAUCACCACAUUUAACAAUUUAUCAACCACAAUUGACUUGGAUAAUGUCAAGUUUCCAUAGAAUAACUGGUGUUGCAAUGGCAGGUGGGUUUUAUGCAUUAACUUGUACUUUUGCAGCUACAUCAUUAUUAAACAUUCCAUUUGAUUCAACUAGUUUAAUUGGUGCAUUUACUGCUUUACCUAUUGCUUUACAAUAUACAGUAAAAGCAAUCUGUGCUUAUCCUUUUGUUUAUCAUUUUGGUAAUGGUAUUAGACAUUUAAUUUGGGAUAUGGGUAAAGAAUUGACUAUUUCUGGUGUUUAUAGAACUGGUUAUGCUGUUUUAGGUUUAACUGCUAUUGUUGGUUCUUAUUUAGCUUUCUUUUAUUAA